UGAUUUUGUGAAAGAGAGCAUUUGUUUUUGUAUAAUAAAGGUUUAGUCUUUGAGUUGAUGCUUUCCACUAAUGAGAGGCAAAAUAUAUUCACAUUUCAUUCUUCAUAGCAAAGUAUGCACUUUUUUUCUCUCUUUAUCAUUGUCACAUAUUCUCUCCCCACCUUUUGCUUUUAUCCUUCUUCUAUCCUUUAUAUCUUCUUCCCUUUUUUGCAUACAUGUUUUUCAAUACUUGCAAACCCCAUUAAUAUUUAUAUAAAAAGAUAUAUAUACAUAAUACAUCCAUUUUAAUUAACUCCCCAAGAAUUAGUACUUCUCAUCAAGAUGAAUACAUCUUCUUCCAUGUUGUUUUCAUUCCUCCUCUCGAUUCUCGUCUUAUGCUCAUCAUCGUCGGGAUCAAAGUUUCUACAUCCAACAAAGGAUCUUCUUCAACAACAACUCAAAACAUCACAAGAUCAUCAAACACUCACUUCGUACCGCAGAGAAUUAGUCCAACUCGAAACUACGAUUAAGGACGAUUUCCUUAAUCCCCCCAUCACAACCUACCCCACCAACCCCGCCGUAACCAAUCCAGUCACAACCCCCGCCGUAACCAAUCCAGUCACCACCCCCGCCACCACCAUCACCGCCCCACCGGAAACUCCAAACCCCACAUUUCCGGUCACCGGAACACCAACUCCGACAACAAUAUUCCCUCCCACGAUCCCGGUCACAGAUCCAGUACUCAAUCCCCCAAUGACCAAUCCAGUCACCACUAUCCCGGGCCAAGCCCAGCCUGGGAUAACCAACCCCGUCACCACCGCUCCAGUGGUGGGGCCGCCCGCAACCACCACCAGCGGGCCGGCGGUUCCCGGACAGAGCUGGUGCGUGGCGAAGGGCGGGCUGCCGGAGAACACUCUCCAGGCGGCGCUCGACUACGCGUGCGGGCUCGGAGGUGCGGAUUGCUCGGGAAUUCAAGAGGGGGCAAGUUGCUACAAUCCAAACACCAUGCAGAACCAUGCGUCGUAUGCCUUUAACAGCUAUUAUCAGAAGAAUCCGGUGCAAACUAGCUGCGACUUUGGUGGUACAGCCAUGGUAACCAAUGUGAAUCCAGGUUCCGGUUCAUGCAUUUUCACAACAUCCUCAUCGGCAUCACCUACGAUGCCAUCUCCGUUCAACACAAUUCCGACACCAACUCCAACGACAGAAUCUUCAUCUGGGGCAUCGCCAAUUGGUUUCGGUACUCCCCCAGCUGCCUUUAACGGGGGCAGCCCGGCUCUGGGGGGCGGCAUCACGGGCUUUGGUGAAAGCCCACUAGGUGGCAACUCUACAAUUUCCACAUCGAGCGGACUAAAGCCCUUUAUCGGCUGCAUCAUUGUGGUGACGUCAUUCAUCACACGGAGAAUUGUUUCGGAUAUCUAGAGCAAUGUAGACGCAAUUAAUCGAAGCUCAUUCCUCAACAAAGUACAUAGAGUUUUGGGAUGUACAGUUCUUUGCUUUGCAGGUAAACUAUAGUUCAGGAAUUUCUUAUUGUUAGGAGAUCUCAUACACUUUAGCAAGACAUCUAUAUAUAUAUAUAUAUAUAUAUAUAUAUAUAUAUAUAUAUAUAUAUAUAGGGCUAUUCUAGUUAUUACAUUGUGGCUCCUAUUAUAUAUCCACAAGCUAAAACUAAUUGGGAUAAUCUUGCAAAAUAUCUCCUUCUACCUAAACUUAUUUCCUUCUCUUCUUAAAAAUCAAAGAAUUUUUUCCUUGAUCGUUUUUACCUUGCUGUGGAAUUUGACGAGCUCGAGCUCGAAAAUUAGGAAAAUGCUGCAAGAGUAUAUAUCCACCACUACUUUUUAAUAAAAAAUGAGAAGAAAAAAGACGCUCGGAAUAUAGAUAAUCGCAAAUCAUUUAAUAGAAUACAUGCUACAUAAUCUAUCCUCAAUUGCCCGACUCGAGCCUAAAAAUACACAUUUUGUUACUAC